AUACACACACACACAUAUAUAACUCUUGUCUUCUCUUCCCCCAUCUCCCCCUUUCUCUCAAUCGUUCGCUCUCGCUAUAACUUCUUUCUCUCUCUCUGUCGCUGUCUCUCCUUUUACUCUCUCUCUAUCUCUCCUACUCCUACUCAUCCUCUCUCAACCUUAGACCAGUAGAACCGAGCUCCUGGUGGUGGUAAUAGUUGUUGCCUGCCUUACCAGCAAUAGUUGUUGUAGUAGUAAUUGUUGUUGUUGAUGUGGAGGAGAGGCAACGGCAGCAACAAGAACAGUAGCAGCAGCAGCAGCAGCAGCUCGAUUCCCCCCUCCUCCUCUUCCACCACCAGCAACAGCUCCACCACAAGAUGGCGGCCCGUUCUCCCUGUCCUGUCUUACCAGACCGGCUAAAGCCGCUCUGUUGGAUCAUUAUAGCCGUUCUUAUAAGCCAUGGAUAUUGUCGCACUCCGAGUAGAUCACAAACCAACAGCUGUAGGCAGAGUUUCCACGAAAUCACAUUUAAUCGAAGUCAUGUACCCGAUUCACCGAUCCUGGGUGAUGCUGGCCAGUUCUGUUCGUCAGGAGGACUUACCUGCUGUACAAAGGGAAUGGAAAAUCAGUUGGUGGAGCUGAGUGCUAAAGAUUACCAAGCACUCCAGCAAAAAGCUAUUGAACCACUUCGGUCUUUAUUCACAUCGAGAACAAAUAAAUUUGAUGAAUUCUUCAAAGCUCUAUUGAACAAUUCCUACAACGACUUGCACACAAUGUUUGUGAAAACCUACGGUCUCCUUUACCAGCAGAACGCAGUUAUUUUCUCCAGGCUGUUUGCUACCCUACACCGUUACUACAGGGGUUAUGAUGUAGACCUAAAAGAAACCCUUAUGUCAUUUUUUGUCUCUUUACUGAAGAAGAUGUAUCAGUUGAUCAAUUCCCAACAGCAACUUAGCGAACGUUACUUGGAGUGCGUUGGAUCCCAAAUGAAAAGUCUUCAGCCUUUUUUGGAUAUACCUAAAAAAUUAUCGCAGUUAGUCAAGCGAUCUUUCAUAAUUGCCCGGACCUUUGUACAAGGGCUCAGUAUUGGUCGAGAUGUCAUUAUAAAUGUCUCUAAGAUUGAACCAACCAAGCGCUGUGCUCACAGACUGGCACAGAUGAUGUAUUGCCAGCGCUGUAACCAAGUUCCUCACAAGAAACCCUGCAAGGACUAUUGUAUUAAAACCAUUGAAGCAUGUCAGCCUUAUCACAAACAGUUCAACGAUGUGUGGAAUGCUUAUAUACAUGCCCUGCAGAAGAUAAUACAGCAACUGAACGGACCUUUCAACAUUGAAUCUGUUAUUGACCCCAUCAAUAUUAAAAUAUCAGAUGCCAUCAUGUCUUUCCAGAAUAAAGCAGCUACAGUCACAGAACAAGCUUCUGCCAAAUGUGGCCACCCAUCCUCACGAGUUCCAAGACAUGCAGACAAUGUGGUAUAUGAAAAGUUUGUCUAUGAAUGGCCUUCAAAGAAGAACCUUAAACGGCCAAUCACAGCUGCUGGGACGAGUCUCGAUCGCCUGGUACGAGACAUUAAUGACAAAGUCAAAAUAGCCAAUGAUUUCUGGAUAAAUGUACCUUAUUUUGUAUGCAAAGAACCUAAACUGUCUUCAAGAGGUGCCCCAGACAGUAAAUACGAGGUGACGUUAGGUAACCUGUCCUCGGUCACAGCUGUGACACCUAAUGAUGAGAACUGUUGGUCUACAAAUGGAAAAGACAGCGAUUGGUCUGUGAUGCUGAAGGACGAAACAAAUGUGUCGGAAGAGUCGGAUCCGGAAUUAAAGCAGAUCAAAACCGUGAUUGCAUAUCAGAUAUCACAGCUGAGGAGUAUAACUAUGAAACUGGAAGACGCAUACAACGGAGAAGACGUGGAGUCUUUGAUAGAGGACAUCUACGGCAGUGGGGACAGCAGUGGUUAUGAUGACCUCAGUGGAUCGGGCAGUGGAGAUCAUGAGGACGAUUCCAUCACAUAUAAAGAAAACAAUGAACACCAAUCAAACACUGACGGCUACUACUUUGCAUCCACUACUCCGCGUACCAAAUCUUUCAGACCUGCGCCUGACGAUCGGUCAUCGGCCAGAGCCCCGCACUGGUCAGUGGCCGUACUCAGCCUAGUAUUCACCUCUCAACUAUUAUACACUCAUUUGUUUUUUUAAGAACUCCCAUGAAUAUAAAUAUAUAUACA